AUGAUUCCCUCUACUCGAAUUUGUAUAACACCAAAUUGUUAAGCAUAAUCCCGAUUAAUUUAAUCUAUAAAAGAGCUUGAAUAUCAUCAAGGUCAUAGUUCCUCAAGUCUGGGCCAACUAACCAAGAAAUUGAAGGAAGUCCUACCCGAUUUCCACUUUACUGCAAGUAUCAAAUAAAUCAUCGAAUCAAAAUUUCAAAUUAUUCACUCCUACUUACAGAAGAAAUAAAAUAAAAGGAAAUGUGAUAAAUAUGAACUGAUUGAGGCAGCAUCCAAAUUUAUCAAUUCCGAAUAUUCCUUAUUGAAUGAAAAGGCAAUAGAUUUAAUUAUCAAGUCAUUACCCAAUAACUUCUCUGAAACUCUACAGUCACACACUGCUCAAUAUUUUAAUUUACAAAUUCAAAUUUAAAAAGAAUUGGAUGAUUUUAUUCUUUUUAUUACUUCAGAUACAAAACAAGAAACAAUUUAAUCAACUAAAUAAUAACAAUCCAAAAAUUAGAAACCAUCAACAUUAAUUGCAAUCACCCAAAAACCAGAAUUCCUUAAAAUGCCUUCAGAGUUAGAUCAACUCUCCAAAUUCGAAAUUAAUAACCAAAUGGCUAAGCAUUUAGAAGGAUAUCCUUCCAUUGUCAUGACCAAUCAAUUACUCAAAGAAGGCACUUAAAUUAAGUUUGAAAUCGUUAAGAUUUAAAAUGACUAUGUAAGUGUAGGGAUCGGUGCUAUGGAAAGAGCAUCUAUUGAGAAAAAUGGCUUGAUUCUUAAUGGAGAACAAUUGUAAGUCGCAGGUCAUGGAGUAUAUAUGAAUUUUAAUGAUAAAUGUGUCUAUCAUAGUGAAAUUGGUAAUGGACAAAUUUAAGGAAAAGACAAAGGUAUUGCAUUUUAAGAAGGGGAUAAAAGUAAUUUGAAAAUUGAUCUUUAGUUCAGUGCAGUUAUACUUAAGGACAAUUGA